CACCACGCUCAUUUGUCUCAUGAGCAGCAAGGGGCAGUCGCGGGUCUUGCUUGCAUAGACUCAUCUGAGGCAUCAAUUGUCCCCCGUCAUCGCAUCGCAAGGUGCCGGGGAGCUCUCUUCAUCCCCACAGCCCAUUCAAAGCCAAGUGCUCAGCACUGCACAUGGUUGCCCAUCGCUGUCCAAGGUUUGCAGUUUUACUUUCAUAUCAGACAUCAAUCUCCAGGGCAUCUGUGAUAAGAUGCUAUGCCAACAGCCAUGCUUCGUCGUCUGCUCGUGGUUAUGUUGUGAGAAAACGACUCGAAGCUGGUCUUGUGUCAAACAGCGACUCUCCAAACCACGCAUGGCAAAGGCUAUCUAUCUAUCCUGCAUGAGUUGGCAUGGCUUGACAACGUCUCUCGGCCACAGUAAUUGCAGGUGGCCCAAGUUGCUACUAUACCCGGGAGGGUGUUCCGCUAUAGGGAGCCGAAUGUCGUGACUCACUCUCGACUUCGGCCGUGAGCUUACGCCACAUUAUUAGUGUACGAGAAAUACGGCUCAAUAAACCCCGAUAGCUCACGCCAAAAGGGACUCAUCCUUGAUCAAUAAAGAGACGGACAUUUGAUAUUUCGACGUGGAAUUUAUUUAGCCUAAGCCAGCCAGACUUUCACUACAGCUCCGUCCGCCUCAUCCAUCUAUCCAUCCAUCCAUCCACAUCCCCCUUCAACCUCUCCCAGCCCAAAGCCUUGUUGAUCACGACGGCCGCCGAGAGAAGCCCCGAGUGAGACAAGCAAACAUGAAGCCCGCGCUGCGCGUCGAGCCGGCCGCCGACGAGGACAUGCCGCGGUGCAUGGAAAUCUUCAACCAGUCCUUUGGCUUCGUGCCCAUACACGAACUCUCGCACGGAGCCGACACGCCCGCCAACCGCCUCGUCACCGCGGCGCUGCACCUGCGCGGCCAGCGCGAGCACCAGGCUCGCUUCCCCCGCGCGCCGCCCGUGUGCGUCAAGUGCGUGGCGACGGUGGUGCCUCAGCAACAGCAACAGCAGCAGCAGCUGCUGCAGCAUCUUGACGAUGACCCGGCAGUCACCGCCACCACCGUCAACGGCAGUAUCCAAGGGGACGUCCAAGACAAAAUCGUCGGCUACGCAGAAUGGUUCAUCUACGACCGGGCGCGCACCGCCGCCGACGACUCCUCCGAACCCUUCAUGAGCCGCUUCUCCUGGAUGCAGGAGACGGACCCCGAGGGCCGCGCGCGCUGCCUCGCCUUCGUGCGCCCGGGCAACGAGGCGCGGCGGCGGCGCAUGGGCGGGCGCCCCCACGGGCAGCUCAAGUUCAUGUGCGUCGACGGCGCGCACCGCCGCCAGGGCGUGGGCUCGGCCGUCGUGCGCUGGGGCAUGGACCGCUGCGCCGAGCUCGGCGUCCCCGCCUACCUCGAGGCCAGCGUCGAGGGCAUGGAGCUGUACCGCCGCAUGGGCUUCGAGGACAUGGGGCCGGCGACGGAUGACCGCGGGGAGCCGUACGCGUAUCCCGCCAUGAUAUGGUGGCCGCCGGGGGUGAGGCGGGAUGAUGACGGUGCCGCCGGCGUCGAGGACGUGGUGAUGGCUCAGUAAGGCUGGGUUGCCCGUGAAUGGCUCCUCUUCUGAAACUGUAGCGGUGUCUUAUGAGAUGUGUAGUUCGUGUACAUGUACUAUGUGUG